UUCGAAAUGGACCAUUCUGACCUCAAUAAUGAAGUGAUUGAUAAAGAAUCCUUUUUCAAACAAGAAGGAGAAAUUGCUUCUCGUGCUGGAAUAACUAAAAGAAAACCACUUGAAGUUCUUCAUAUACCUGAUGCUGCCUUUAAUCAGGCAUCUAGGUUAUCAUAUGGCAAACAGGCUGGUUUUGUGUGGAGAAUUCAAGAUAAAUAUUCUGAUAAAAAUGGAGGAGUUUACAAAUACGUUUUUGAGUGUCAUCACGCAGGAAAGUUUUUAUCAAAGAAAACUGCCACAAAUUCUUCAAAUCAACGUAAUAGAAACUCAAUAAAGACAAGUUGUACUUGUUUUAUUAAUAUAUGUUGGCCUUUUAAAUCAUCUGGUCUGACUAUUACAAAAUUAAAUCUCACACAUCACGGUCAUACACUCAAUCCGGAUACCAUCCACUUUGCCAAUAUUUAUCGCCAGCUUCCUCAAAACAUUAUGAAUAAGAUCGAAUUUUAUAUAAAUAUGAUCUCCAAUAUUAGUCAACAUACAUUAAGACAACUUCUUCAGGGUGAAUUUAAAGACCAGCUAUUUUUAAACAAAGAUUUAGCCAAUACUAUUCAACGUUUUCGAAAGGGUAAUAUAAUGGAUAAUGAACAAGAUCCUGAAAAUGAUGCUUCAAAUCUUCUCAAACAAUUACAAAGGCUAAAAGAAAACGAUCCAAUGUGGUUUAUAUCUUAUCAUUCAAUUGAAAUAGUUCUUCCAACUACACGAUAUUUACAUUGUAUUUUUCACAUAAUUCAGAAUCUCAAAAAACAUCUUACACGACCACUUGGAUCACGUUAUAAAGAAUUUCAAACAGAUUUAUUUUCUUGUCGAAAUACUUUGUUUGAAACCAUUUUUGAAUCACGAUUUGAAUUGCUAUAUACAAAUUAUCCAGAAGCUUCUUCAUAUUUAAGGACUACUUUAUAUCCAAUUAAAUAUCGAUGGGCUAAAUGUUUUACAUUUCAGGAUUUUAAUGCUGGAAUGUCAUCAACUCAACGAGUGAAAUCAAUCAAUGCUAUUAUUCAUAAAUUUGUUAAUUCACAUUCAACACUUAUGGAAUGCUUCAAUGGUAUACAGAAUUUGUUGGCAGCUGAACUUCAAAAAGCUGAGUAUCGUGAUUAUUUAGCUAAUUUGCCUUUUAGUAUUACUUCUUCAUCAGCAGUUCGUAUUUUUCCAAAUUUAGUAGAGAAAUUGAAAGAGAUUUUAACUGAUGAGAAGUCUGAUCCAUCUGAUUGUCUUGAAGAUGCUAUCGAUAAAUGUCAAAUUGCACUCAAUUAUCUUAUUAAUCGUAUUAAUAUUGAUAAUAUAGUAGAGAUUUGGAAAGUUAAACAUAUGGCAACCAAUAUAAAAUUAAUUAAUUAUGUAGCAUUAUGUCAAGAUUAUUCUCAUAUUUCUUUGCUAAAAAAUCGAUGGUAUAAAAAAGGUGUUGAUAUAGAUAAUAUCAACACUAUAUAUGAUUCUUUUGGAAUAUAUAAACAGACUGAUGCAGAAAUCAAAAAUUCAACUUUAAUUUCUAU